AAAAAUGAAAAAAUAAAAAGAGCAUUUGUUUGUAGUAUUUUUCUCUGUAUGCAUGCAUUCAUCUCAAAUCCUAGUUCUCCCGGGAAUGAUCGUGUUUUAAUGUCCUGUGUUCACAGGAAUGAAGGCUCCUUGGGAAUCACACAGGUAGAGGGAUGUCUUUCAUCUUCUAGAUUUCGGUGGGGAGAAAUCUUUAUUCGAGCUCGAACAGCCUUAUUUUCUCUCAUUCGCUCUCCCAGUGCGCCCUCUCGUUCUAUUGCAAGCCUACUGUAUUUAUGCUGCAGAGUGGGGCGUGUGACGUCAACGAAUGCUGGAGCGGCUCCUUCGCUCGAGCGAGAAAUGGGGAGAAAAUUGCAAGGGCCAAAGGUAAUAAUGGUGAGGCAGAAGUAACGGUGACAAGAGGAACAAAACGACAAACUAAGAAGAUUCUGAAUCUGUGUGUGUGUGUGUGUCAGACUUCCAGUAUGUGUGAUGGCGUGAAUGGCCUUUGGUUGUCGUCUCGCCUCCCUCAGACAUCCCUCUUCCUUCUCGCCCUCAUCUAACUCCCACCGCCACCCUCACCUCCACCCUCAUCUCACCGCCCCCAUUUUUGUACCAUGAGAGGAUCCGCCCAGUACUCGGUGAGUAGUAAGCCCGCGGCGUAUCGGCGCCCCUGAGCGCUGUGCCGCGUGAGGGCCCCUCCCCCCCGGCGGCCUCUCGCGGAAUGGCUUCUCUGGACCUGCCCUACCGCUGUCCUCGUUGCGGGGAGCACAAGCGCUUCCGGUCGCUGUCCUCCCUCCGCGCCCAUCUGGAGUACAACCAUACCUACGAGACGCUCUACGUGCUCUCCAAGUCCAACAGCGUGUGUGACGCCGCUGCGCUACUCCCCCUGGUGGCCGACGGAGACCUUCUCCUCGCUCCUUCUGUCCCCGGCAUUAACCGCAGCAACAACAGUAACGACCCCUUCGACGGUCUUCAACUCCGGCCUUCCGCCUUCAGGGACUUCAAGGAGCGCCGCUUCCCGUGCCGCGAGCUUCCUUGCCCGGACGACCUCAGCGGUUUAUCCACAAAUUCCAACGCCGCGGCUCGCUACAUCCCCAAUGUAGAGUUCCCCCUGGGGGAGAUCUUUGUGAAGAAAGCCAUGAGCGCAGCCGGGGACCCCCGCGGUUCCCACGGCAACCAAAGCACGGCCGUGGCAGUGGCGGCGAAUGUGGCUGCGAGCGCGGUGGAAGCGGCCUAUGAGGAGGGCUUGGCCAGGCUGAAGGCGAGGGCCUUUGAGCGUCUGGAGCUGGACGAGAGGCUGGAGAAACUCUCAGAGGAGGUAAUGGUGGAGCAGAAGAUAGCUGCACGCGUGGGCCGGCUGCAGGCGGAGCUGGAGAGGAAGAGCGGCGAGCUGGAGCGGGCCAAGCACGAGAGCGAGCGGCUGGGCCAGGAGAAACAGGACCUGGAGGACAAGGCGUCGGAGCUCUCCCGCCAGGUGGACGUUUCGGUGGAGAUGCUGGCCAACCUCAAGCAGGACCUGGUCAGCAAGGAGGAGGAGCUUACCCACAAACAACAGGAGGUAACCCAGAUAGACCAGUUCCUCCAGGAGACGGCGGCGCGCGAGGCCAACGCCAAGGUGCGCCUGCAGCAGUUCAUCGAGGAGCUCCUGGACCGUGCCGACCGCGCCGAGAAACAGCUGCAGAUCAUCAGCAGCUGUGGGACCACGCCCAACGGCAGCAUGGGACGCUGCAGCCUGCCCGGCUCCAACAAGGGCUCCAACAAUGGACGCCAGAGGAACUCCAGCGUCUCGGGGACGUCCAGGGGCAUGUACCAGGUCUCUGACCGACGAUCCUCUCCCAGCACCGGAGCGUCGGGCCGGGUCAAGUCCUUCUCCCAGGGCUCGGGCGGGGGCUACGACAGCGGCGACAGCGUGGAGAUGCACCCCGUGGAGGAGUGCCCCGAGGGCCAGUACUACCACGUCCAGUGUCGGCUGGGGGAAGGGGGCGGACAGUGCUACGAGAGGGCCGGGGUGUCCCGGAGCUGGGGGCUCCGCAAGCAGGCCAUCCAGAACUGGCAGCGGAGACCCUACCGGAACAGCACGGAGGAGGGGGAGGAGGGCGAGGAGGGCGACGUGUCGGACGUGGGCUCCAGGACUACCGAGUCGGAGGCGGAGAUGUGGGAGCAGCAGGAGAGGAGGGCCACCAUGGCCGAGACGCAGCAGUCUGGAGCGCCGAGACCAUCUGGAUACCGCCUAGGCACAGGGCGGUCGGAGGGGGGCCACCGCCACAACAAGCCGUGUCGCCACGACAAGAGCCUGUCCCGGUCCAACAACGAGGUGAUCAGCCCGGAGAUACUGAAGAUGAGGGCGGCUCUGUUCUGCAUCUUCACCUACCUGGACACCAAGACCCUGUUGAGGGCCGCGGAGGUCUGCAGGGACUGGAGGUUUGUGGGCCGCCACCCUGCCGUGUGGACCCGGGUGCUGCUGGAGAACGCCCGCAUCUCCUCCAAGUUUCUGAGUACACUGUCCCAGUGGUGCACCCAGACCCAUUCCCUCAUCCUCCAGAACCUGAAACCACGACAGAGGGGCAAGAAGGAGGUCAAGGAGGAGUACCUCAAGAGCACACGGGGUUGUCUGGAAGAGGGUCUGGAGUCCUUGCUGAAGGCUACAGGAGGGAACCUAUUGAUCCUCAAGGUGUCUCAUUGUCCCAACCUGCUAACUGACCGCUCGCUGUGGCUCGCCAGCUGCUACUGCCGAGCCCUGCAGGCCGUCACAUACAGGAGUGCCACAGACCCUGUAGGACAGGAGGUGAUCUGGGCUCUAGGAGCAGGCUGUAGAGACAUAAUCUCCCUCCAGGUGGCACCGCUACAUCCAUGCCAACAACCGGCUCGCUUCAGCAACCGAUGCCUGCAGACCAUUGGCCGAUGCUGGCCGCACCUCAGAGCCCUGGGCGUGGGCGGGGCAGGAUGUGGCAUUCAGGGACUAGCCUCGUUGGCGAGGAACUGCAUGCGUCUGCAGGUGUUGGAGCUGGACCAUGUGAGUGAGGUCAACCAGGAAGUGGCAGCUGAGGUGUGCAGGGAGGGUCUGAAGGGCCUGGAGAUGCUGGUCCUCACCUCCACCCCGGUCACCCCUAAGGCCCUGCUUCACUUCAACAGUGUGUGUCGUAACCUGAAGUCCAUGGUGGUGCAGAUCGGGGUGGAGGACUACUUCGAGGACCCCAGCAGCCCUGAGGCUAGGAAGCUGUUUGACGAGAUGGUGAACAAGCUGCAGGGCUUGAAGAAGAGACCGGGCUUCUCCAAAAUUCUGCACGUGAAGGCGGACAUCCUCUGCUAACCCCUUUCACCACUCAGGACCCCCCCCCCCCCCCCCCCCCCCCCCCCCCCCCCAAAGAAGGGUCGGCCAUUUUGUUUCCAGCCACACCAACAGAACAGACCCUGUCAUUUGAAACCCCUUGACGUACCAGUCAGCCAACACACACACAUAACUGAAGAGGAAAUUCAUCAACUGUUGGAGAAAGUGGAUGUUGAUGAACAUGCUGCUUUUUAGUUAAUUAAAAAUAAAAACCAAUGUGUUUUCGGCCCUUAGCCUUGACUAAAAGACAGACACAGACACCACAGACAGAUAGAUGCUCCAUAGACCAUUAAAGUAGUAAAUUUUGUGUGUCCUCUAUCAAACUUUAUGGUGGGGUAACAAGUGGUAAAGACAUCAUCAGGCAGGUAACAAGACCAGGGGCCCGUAAGUUUCCGCGAAAGCAUACAGGGACCCUGCCUGUGAGUUGCUGACCUGCCAAACAGAUGUGAAACAUAAACUCAGCAGGACUAUUGGACUUUGUAGAUGCUGUAAUCUCGGCGGCCAUUUUGAUUUCAACUGAGAAAAGAGCUGUAAGUAGGAGGACGGAUGUCAUGAAAGAGCAGGCUCUCGUUCUUCACUGAGAUCAUUGCAGAGAAUGUGUCUGGGAUGCUUUUUUAUCAAGAUUCCCAACCUGUGUGUGUGUGUGUGUUUAAGGGAGGGAUACAUGACACACCAGCUGCAGACUUGGUCGAACAUAAAACGAGAAGAUAUCUUGUCACCUCGAGAACAUUUUUAUUCCAAGUUCUUUAUCGGCCUAUCAGCCACUCCAUGGUGUGGUCGCCAUGGGAACAGCGCAGUAUUGAACACUAGGUCCAUCCUCCGCAUGCUCAUCAGCCGAGCACCAUCUCUCGCACACUCUUGGUUUUUUCAGCUGUCAAUUACUUUUGUCUGUGGGACUCUUACGGUAUCUAUAGGCCGGGUGGUCCACAAGGCAGCUACUGUGUUAUUUGUUUUUAAGCAGGGUUGCAAAUGAAUUCAUUAGGCCUCUAUUUCAGAAUUGAUGCCAUUCACAGCCGUGUGUCUGUUCUCUCUUCAUUUCUUAAAAUGCUUUCUCCAGUGUGCCACUGAUCUUUAGGAGUGUUGUAAAAGGCAGGCGUUAACCCUAUACUAGCCACUUGCUCUGUAAGCUGCAGUGAAUUACAUGCAUAAGCGGCAUCCCAAAUGCACCCUAUUCCCUAUGUAGUGUAAUACGUUUAGCCAGGGCUCAUAAGGCUCUGGUCAAAAGUAGUGCGCGGAAUAGGGUGCCAGUUGAGAAACGGCUAUAGCCUACAUCCAGUGCACGCAAAAGCACAACUUCCGUGAGCGAAAAGAGUUGCUGAUUGUUGAUUGACACGAUGCAAUUUAUAUGUUAACUGGCUAUAAACAUAAUGUAUAAUACAUGUAUAUAUGUUACAGCCGUUUAUUAUGAUAUAUAUAUAUAUAUAUAUACACACAGUGC